UGCGAUUUAUAUUUUCUUCCAACGAAUUUCCCGAUCCCUUCACUCUCAUUUCCAUCACUCUUUAUAAGUCCCACACUUGACCCCCAAAAAAAAAUUUAAAAAAAAAACAAGAGAGAGAGAGAGGAUGAGUUCGUCGUCGGAGAAUCUAGGGUUGGAGAGGGAGAAGGCGAUGGAGGAGCUGAUCCGGGGGCGUGAUUGCGCCGAUCGGCUGAGGACGGCAAUGGAGAAUCCGUCGAAGACAGAUAAGGAGGAUCUUCUGAAGAAGAUAGUGGCCUCUUUCACUAAUACUCUCUCCAUCCUCCGCAGAUUUGAUCACUUCGAAGAGGUUUCUCAGAUUCCGGUGGGUUCUUCGGCGCCUGAUAGCCGGAAAUCCGAUGAUUCCGGCGAGAGCAUCCGCAGCUCCCUCCCCAGGAAUCGCAGAGGAUGUUACAAGCGCAGAAAACAUGCGCAUUCGUGGUCAAGAGAGGACUCUCCAUCACCUUUUGAUGACGACCAUUCGUGGAGAAAAUACGGUCAGAAAAAUAUCCUCCGGUCCAAGCACCCUAGGAACUACUACAGAUGCACACACAAGUACGAGCAGAAAUGCCAAGCGACAAAACAAGUGCAGCAGAUGAGGGAUGAUCCGCCGGUGUACCGUACGACGUACUACGGGAAUCACACGUGUCGAGAUCUCCACGUGGCACCACACCUCUUCCUCCACUCCCCCGACCGCCACGACAACCCCUCCCUCUUCCUCAGUUUCGACCAGGGUAAUGACGGUUUUACCCUCCCCGUGAAACAGGAAUCCGACGACCUCCCUCCGCCGUUGGAUGAAUCCGAUCCUACGGUCCUCGAUUCAUGUACGGCAUCUUUCGGCUUCGAUGAUUUUAUGGACGACUUUAGCUUUGAUUUCUCAUGAUAUUUAUAUUAUUUGACUUCCCGAAUUUCUUUUUGUUCGUGGCGUCCUGUACCGUACACAUGAAAUCCGACCACCAUGUCUUUCUUGGUUAUGUAUGGUGAUAUCUGCACGUGUGUAAGAUUAAGGUUUGUACAUGCAAAUUAUUCAGAAUUUAAUUAGUGCUAGUUUUGGUCUUAUUAUCUGAUAUU